GACAGGAACCAAAACCAAAGCCAAAACCAAAGCCAAAACCAAAUCACAGAACACAGGGCACUGACACUAGAACCACGGACGGCACGAAAGGAUGACGCCCCUCCGCUCCCUGGUGUCCAGGAUUGCCCGCGGAGCCGCCAUCGGACUGGGGGGGACGGUUGUCGCCGGGGGCACGGCAGUCACGGCGUACGCGUGCACCGAASGGGGCCUCGGGCUGCGCCGCGAGGUGCGGUUCUGGGGGGGCGUGGCUCCCAUCGUCGUCGACUACUGGUGGCACGCCUCCUCCUCGAGCCCGCUGGUGAGGUUCCGGAAGCGAUUCGGCUCAAGCGAGAAGAACGGCGAGAGCGGCGGAGGCGAAACCGACGGUACAGAGGAAGAGAGCGACAGCAGCAGCAGCAGCAGCAGCGACGAUGUUUUCGGAGACGAGGACGAGACCGGGACGAGAAGCACAACCUUUCGGAAACUCCACGAGCGCAACGCGCCGCGGAUCUACUCCAUCAUGAUCGAGCUCGGCGGCCUCUACAUCAAGCUCGGCCAGGUCCUUUCGGUGACCGCCCUGCCGGUUCCCAAACAGUACCGAGAGCUGUUUCGGACGCUCCAGUCGGGUGUCCCGGGCCACGAAGAAUUCGUGGGCGUCGUUCGGCCGACCCUGGAGGCCGARCUGGGACGGCCCCUCGAAGAGGUCUUCGAAUCCAUCGAGGAGAUACCCUGCGGAGCGGCAUCGAUCGGGCAGGCCCACAGGGCCAGACUGGUCCGGGGCGGCGGCGAAACCGGAAACGAAGACAGAGACGAAGACGAAGACAACGGCGGUUCCCGCGACGUCGUGAUCAAGGUCCAGUACCCGGACGCAAAGUGGCAGGUGCCGGCGGACGUCAAGUGCGUCGGGGAUUUCCUGGACCUGUGCGUCUACUUUGGGGUAGUGGACGAGUCCUCGGCCAAGCUGUCCUACGAAGAAUUCUCGAGGCAGUUCCUGGCGGAACUGGAUUACCGGAGGGAAGCGAGCAACCUCCGGGAAGUCUACGAGAGCAGCCUGGAUCCGGAGUCGCCGUACGCAAAACGAGGGGUGGAGGUCCCCAGGGCCUUCCCGGAGUUGUGCACGGGUCGCGUCAUCACCAUGUCCUAUCUGCCGGGCCCCAAGUUCGAGGAAGAAGCCCGAAGGCAGCUCGAGGCCCUCGGCAUCGAUACGAGCCGUGGGGUACAGUCUGUGGUACGGGGGGAAAGCACGGAGACGAACACGAACGCAAACGCAAACGCCAACUCGUAUGCCGGGACCGAUUCCAAGAAGUCCAGAAAGCCUUCUCUCCCCGGGUGGCUUUCCAACUCGUCGUCGGAGCCAACAAACUCGUGGGCCAUGAAAUUCGCCGAGCGGGUGGGGAUGUUUGUUGGGGUCGACAACAUYCUUUUGCUSGUUCGUCUCGCCCGAAGGGCCCUGCUUUGGUCGAGGGCCCUGGCGGUUCAGACCAUCCGAGCGGCAUCGAAGACCGCGCCGUCGGUGAUGCCUGUCUCCGAAUCCUGGUUGGAAUGGGCCAGGAACCACGAAAACGCAGCUUCGCAGGCAGAAAUGCUGAACUGGACGAGCGAUGCCAUAGAYGCGCUGUUCGAUGUGCACGGAUACCAGAUYUUCCACGAGGGCUUGUUCAAUGCCGAUGCCCACCCCGGAAACAUCCURGUGAUCCAGAGCGAGAGCGGMGAAACCAACAAGUCGAGGGCGAAACUCGGUUUGAUCGAUUACGGACAGUGCAAGCGCCUAGACCCCGAGGAACGCAAAAAGGUGGCGAGGCUGAUGCUCGGGGUCGCAAACGACGAAUCCGACGCCGAAAUCGCGGAUCUCUGCCGCGACAUUGGUUUCGUCACCAAGAACGAUUCGACCAGGUUCCUGUCGUCGUUUGCCCGGCUCAUGUUUGGCAAAUUCAGGAGCGAGUACCUGAAACGAGACUGGCACAAAGCUCUGCACGACGAAGACGAGAUCGUUUACUUUCCCAACGAGCUCAGCAUGGUGUACAGGGCGUCCCUGCUCUUGCGGGGCCUCGCCAUGUCCUUCCAGCUCAACGUUUCGGUGGGAGAAAAAUGGCGGGACCACGCCCAGGCGCUCCUGGAUCGRMACGAACCGCAGAGCCGCGUUGCCGGUGGUCGGGAAAACUAGUGCGGGAGCAAACGAAACGAACGRAUGCCAGAACYWUUGUGGGCACCGAUUCGCAACGACAAGCGUGCUUUGGAACCGAAGGAAAGGAAGAUUCUCCACCAACCAGCAGCAACCAAGGAGGAAAUCGGAUGCUAAGGUAGCAACGAGACGUUGCAUCUGUGCCGGUGCAACGCAUCCCUCUGCCUUUCUUACAGUGCGAAGCAGAAUGCAAACUGAUGGUCGCAUCAGAACUUAAUAAAAAACGGCGAGAAUGAUCUAUCCAUGUUCUCGCUGGAAAUCGUCGAAAAGAAACGAACCAAGCAUUGAAGUAAGCCACACUAUUAACUUGUCCA